UUCUCUAAUUUUCAGACAUUUUUGUAUUUAUAUAAAAUAGUUAUUUAAUCACAGUAGAAAAAGCAUUCCAUUAGAAAAAUGAGUUUGGACUUGUCGUUACGUCGUUUUGAGAACGUCAGUGGCAUGUCUUUAAUGGACCAUGCCAGGGCUAUUGGGAUGGGUGGAAUGAUGUCAUCACUGUCACCUCCCUCGAGCCAGUUCUCUAUGUCUCCACUCUUUCAAAGUUCCCCCGUCGCUCACAUGAGAGAUGACUUCUCUCCUGGUGCUUCGCUUAUGCCUCCAAACCUUUUUCCAAAUGCAAAUCUAUUUAAUCUGGCCAAGUCGACUAUGCAAAACAACUUUAAAAUCGAAGAUCAAAUGCCUUUUGUUACUAAAGAAGAUGGCAAAGAAGCCAAAAGUUGCCUUAUUUGCGGUGAUCGUGCAACUGGUCUCCACUACGGAAUCAUAUCAUGUGAGGGCUGCAAAGGUUUCUUCAAACGAAGUAUAUGCAACAAAAGAGUGUAUCGCUGCACCAGAAAUAAAAAUUGUGUUAUGUCAAGAAAACAAAGAAAUAGAUGUCAAUUUUGUAGGCUCCUGAAAUGUCUACAAAUGGGAAUGAAUAGAAAAGCAAUUCGGGAAGAUGGAAUGCCAGGUGGUCGAAAUAAAAGCAUUGGUCCAGUACAGAUAUCAGAUGAAGAAAUUGAACGAAUUAUGUCGGGAAAAGAAUUUGAAGAAGAUGGUCUAAGAGAGAAUCACAUGGGACUCGAUGGAAAUAUGAAUAACCUCUCGCCUGGAUCUUCCAUGAAUCCAUUUAUUUCGUUCUACAAUACCUCAAAUAAUUUAUCUCCUUCUAUCUCAUCUCUUCCAUCCCAAACAAACAACUUCCAAAAUUCAAUCACAGCUACCUCAAUACUAAGCUCUCAGUUCCCAACAAGUGAACAUGAAUCCUAUCAAUUUGGUAACAAGGCAUCUCAGUACAAUCCUUAUUUGGCCGGACAUAAUCAGAGACUACAUUCACCAGAAUCAGCUUCUGAAAUGAGCAGCGGUGCACUGGUUGAACAAUUAUUGAAGGCAGAAGAUGAUUCGGAUCUUGUAUCUUUAUCUCAAUGCAAAUUACUGAUAACAUCACAGAUAAACAAGGAUGAUCUGUUCAGUUGCCUGUGCACAAUCGCCGAUGAGAUGCUCUACAGACAAAUUGUGUGGGUAAAGAAAUUACCAUUUUUCGACUCAAUUUCAAUCAAGGAUCACACCACUUUGCUGAGCACUACAUGGGCGGAGAUUAUUCUGUUGGCAGCUCUAUGUAUUCACGAACAUCAAUUAUUUGGUAUUCUCACUGAAAUUACAAGCAAAUAUCUUCCAGACACUGAAGAAUUAUCUAGGUUUACUGAUGUAGAAAUGGAGAUACUAGAAAGGAUGACUUAUCUUUAUCAUAAAUUUUCACAAUUGAAAGUAGAUAAAGAAGAAUAUGUGAUAAUGAAAGUGAUUAACUUUUUGAAUCAAGAUAUAAAAGGCCUCCAAGAAGUUGACCAAAUUGAAGAAAUAAACAAGAGAUAUUGGUACGCUUGCCAGAGGUUUACAGAAUUACGUGCAAUGGAGCGAAACAUUGACGGAAUUUCUGGUGGUGGUGCAGGCAGAUUUAGAGAUCUCAUGCUAUGCUUGCCAGAAAUUCGAUACGUAGCAGGCAAGAUGCUGAACACGGAUAUUGCAAAAUUGCCUCUGCUGUUCAAGGCUAUCCUCCAUACCUGUAAGCUCCAGAGGAUUCAAUCUUCUCGUCAAAACGGAGUUGAACCGCAACAUAAUGAUGACAACGAUGAGAAUGCAAACAGCAAUGGUAACGGCUCGUCCGCUUACGGCAGCAGUGAAGAUGCUUCACGAGAAAAUACCUCCUCACCACCUCGGGGUUUUAUCAGCAAUGGCCAAUCUUGAGCCAAGCAUAAAAGCAGCAAGUCCAAGCGACGUGGACUAUAUAAAUGAAAUAUUAUGCAAAUCGUCACUUGAAGUAGUCACAAUCGACAUGACAAAAUUUUUUCCAUGAAACCUCAAUGAAAAAUAAUAAUGAACAUCGCUCUUUAACUUAUUAUUAUUAUUAACAAAGAGAGCAAUAGUUUGUAAAUAUGUUACGAAACUACUUCAAUAUAAUAACAUCAUGUCACUCAGGCUGUAUAUAAUCUCUGUAUAUUAUUAUCUUUUUUGUGUGAUAAUUUGUUUUUUCCUUUUGCUAUUUUUUUUUUCGCUCGCCUUAAAAAACCAAGUUUUCUGCUUUAUACUCUUUCUGAUCAAUCAGGGAUUAUAAAUAUGAUCAGAAAGUAGAUUUUAGCAUGAAAAUUGGCUGUGGUGGUUCCCCUUUUUUACAAUUUACAACAAACUAAAACAGAAAUUGAAGGAUGAAUUUUGGAUAUAUUUUUGACAGGACCAAAAUUUGCCACAGUAAAAGUCUUGGACAUUGACAUUUAAAUUUAGUCUAUGAAAAAUAAAAACGUUCAAAAAUACAUGGUUAUCCACUUUUUUUUAAAUUGCCUGUGUUAUGCAUAUCAUGACCUCUCUAAUCUGGUGACACAAACUGCCUCUUGCAUUUUUUUAGACCCGUUGUGUUUUGAAAACUGAUUCAUUAAAGAAUGAAUACCUCUCUCUCUCUCAUGGUUUCUUUUACCAAAUGUGCUUAUCAAAAAUUUUGCUGUAAUAAAAUCAAAACCAGGAGUUUUGUAACAUGGCCAAAAAGGCAUUUGACUUUCCAGUAGUCUAUACGGUAUUACCUCACAUUGGCAAAUCUUUAUAGAAAUUUUAUGUCUCUAAUUAUAAAAUAGCUACCUCUAGUUAUUUGCUUGUAUUAACGACCGAUUUAUGAUAGCAAAAGUUUGAUCAACGAAUACUCCUUCUGGUGCCUUCCUCUGCACCUGUGCUUAGUCUCUUAUGAAUUCAGACCGUUUUCCAGCCAGUUUGUAAAUUUUUUUUUCAUUAUUUUUUCCUUGAUUUUUUUUUUGUUUCUUCAAGCCCACCUCGCUUCAACCAAAGAACCCUGCGUCGCUAAUUUUUUAAUUAUCUUCAAUUCUUUUUUUUCAUCAAAAUUCUCAUUACUUUCCAGUUUUUUUUUCUGUUUUGUAGUUAUUUCGCAGUCUUCAAUUCGUAAUCUUAACAUACAGUAUAUUCGUGAUUUAACAUUACUCCGAAAUUAUAGAAAAAGGGGAAAUAGCGCAACUAUGCAUACUAUUCUAUCCCUUUUUGGCACUUGAUUGAAACGCCAACAGAAUUUUAGUUCGUUAGUUCUCGCGAUUUUGAGAUUUAAAAAUUUGGUUUUCAUCAACAUAAUGCCUCAACCUCUAUUACCAGCAUUGUGCUACGUCAAUAAUUUUUUAGUUAUUCAAAGUUGUUUUUUUUUGUCUUUUUUUGACAAUUUCAACAUUUUUGUAGACUCCACAGUUAACGGAUAAUGUCACCUCUUACUUAAGUUUAAAAACAAAAAUUUCUUUCGAUUUCUCGUCUGGAGCGAUUAUGGCAAAGACCAAGAAUUUAUCUUUUUUUUCAAUAUAAUUGUAAUGGAAUAGCAUUUCACUUAUCAAACAUAUCACCAUAUCUUAUUAAUAUGUAAAAGCAUCCAUUUAAUCAGAAAAAAAUAGUAAUAUAAUAAAAUAUCAUUUUUUUUGCCAUUUUUUUCUUCCUCAAGGGGGGAGUUUAAUUAUUGUCUACCUCAUUUUUUGUUAUCUUUCUCUACAUCAUCCCAAGAAAGUCUUUGUAUACUGAUCUUCCUUAACCGAAUAUGGGCUGGUAGUGAAUUAAACCACAUUCGGUUAGUGAAGUUCUGUUGGAGAGUGGAAUCACUUUGAAGGGCUUCAGAAUGUUUUAGUGGGUCUUGUGUAAUUUGUCGAAAUAUUAUAAUAUUGAGAGAGUACAAAAUGUACUAGGAUUUCUGUAUGUGACGGUAGGGUCGAGAAUCUGGACCAGAUGAAAAAUUCUUAAAGCCUCCCAAAGUUUUAAAUAUUGUUCAUCGGAUUUUUGCUCCCAAGAUAACUUACUAACUUUAAAAAUUGUCUGACCAUAUUAGGCACCUGCCCGGUUGUGGUUAUGUAAAAAUCUCGCUUCGAGCAAAGCUUCAUUUUUGAUAAUAAACUUCGAUCGAUUUUUGUUAUACUACAGUAAAUACUGCUUCAAACUAUGAUUGUAUGCCAACCUUAAGAGCACUUACCAUUUUGUGAUAUCGUAAAAACCAAAAAAAAAUUUGAAAUUUUGACAUCCACAUUUUCGGCCUCGAUUUAUGCUUCUGCAAAGUCUCUCAAAAUCAAACGCUGGUACAGAUUCAUCUGCGCUACAAAUCUCUGGUUGGAUCCUCGACCCUAUCGAUAUAAUAAAGUGGUAUUGAAUGGUUACUUUAUCUUGAUAUUUAGUGGGAAUGACCUGUAUAAACAAGUGAUUAGUAUAAACAAGUGAUUGAAGACUAAUAGUGGAUGGAAUAAAAAAACUAUUCUUCGGUA